GAACGGUGACGAGGUGAGCCCCUUUCUAGUGCCACGUUCGUAGUGACGUCACAGCAGGAGGUGCGAAAGUCUUCCCAGACCGGUUCCUAAUUCCCGGUAGAAGCAGUGGACGGAAGGCUGCUCGGUGGAGGACUGCGGACGCUGCCCGGAGAGCCACGCCUGGCUGAAGCACGUGAACAAGGAGAGUCCCGGAGUGAUCCAGCGAGGAAGGACUGGUGGCUGACAGCUGCGUGAGAGCACGACACGAGAGCCGGGAUGAAGACGGUGCGGGGCGCCCCGCCACACCUGCUCCUCCUGCCCGCACUGCUCCUGCUGCUGUGGGGGGUGACGGGCGCCGCCUCUGCAGAAGUCUGUGAAGGAGCAGUGAACUGUAGUGCGUGUAAUAUCAUCUCAGGCUGUAUGUGGGCUAAAUGUAUUAAUGCCACUGCAGCUCCAAGUACAGAAGCCCCAACCACAAUUACUUCAGCAGCACCAAAAUGUGUCAAUUCAUCUAUAGCCGACUGCACCAAGGAACUAUGUGAAGCCACUGCGCCUCCAAGUACAGAAGCACCAACCACAAUUACUUCAGCAGGUGCAGCAACAACAAAUGUAACCAAUACUACUACAUCUACCUCAACCCCAGCGGCAACAACCAACAGCUCUGCAGCUCCUGCUUCAUCCACUGCCCAAAGCUCUGCAACCACCUCCUUAAAACCAAGCCCUGUGACAACACCGUCACCUAUCAAGAAGAACACCUUUGAUGCCGCAAGUUUCAUUGGAGGAAUUGUCCUAGUACUGGGUGUUCAAGCGGUGGUAUUUUUCUUGUACAAAUUCUGCAAGGCCAAAGACAGGAAUUACCAUACCCUUUAAGCCCAGUUGUUCUGCACUGCUCACCUACAUCGCUCUAGCCAAAUGUCAACUUGGAGAUUACUCAUUGGAAAGCUGUGGAAUUAGGCCCUUUCCGUCUCUACAAAUUGUAUCUAUACCACUGCUAUUGAGAAGAAAGUGCAGCUUAACAAUGCUGUGGACUGCAUACAUCCCAUCAGCUUCCUAAAGUUUUUCAAACAGGUUAAACAGCCAUGUCCUAUAUUUCAGAAUACAGAGCCUCCAAGGGGAAAUUUUUUUCCAUGGGUAAUUAAGAAUAAAAAUUAAGAUUACAAUUCCAUUGCAGGGAAUAGUUUUGGAUGAUUAUGAAAACGAUCAGGUUAAUGUGAGUGGUGUUCUGGGCAGUGCUGCCUUUAGGUGUGGUAUAUCUUUCUAUGAUCUUGUCCCUUUUCAGUUCUAUUGUUGAGUCUUUUAAUUGAAGUUGAUUAUAAUUUUUGAAGGUAUAUUAUUCCUCACAUCUUCUUAAGUGCACCUUACUCCUAAAAUAAGGUGAUAUUUUGAGAAUUGUGCCUUAAAAGACAUAUUGAAAGUAUCACAUAUUUUAGUUCUCUAGUAUUGCAUUGGCCUCUUUGUAGCUGUGCCGGCAUGACUGACCAAUAGUAAUCAAUGUCCUGUAUCUACAGCCUCCAGAAAGGCAAAUUUCAUGUUGAUUCAGUUUGGCAAGUAAUUAAAAGUAACAAACAAGUUUAGCUGUCGGUCAUCUUCAAUGCAUCUUUCCUUCUCUGUCUAAUUCUAGAUCUGAAUUUUAGAGAUGAUUAUUGAUAAUGGGGCUUACUCAAGUUUAUUUUUUAAUUUUUUUUUAAAAUAUUUAUAAUGAUCCUUUCUGUGGAUCAUUCCAUUAAUGAAGGAAAAUAUAUGACUUUGCUUUAAAUUGCUGGCUUUGAGGUGGCAUUUGCUGGUUAUUGUACCUUCCAGAAUUAAUCUUCGUGGCCUUGUUGUACAGCAUGUUUUCACUAUUGAUUCCAAUUGCAUUCCUGAUUCCCGCUUGCCCAUUAGUGUAUAAAGAGCAUUCAAACCUAUUCCCCAUUGCAUGAGGUGUACAGACGUGAUCUACGAAUUGUAUAAUAGGCAGGUGGGUGAAUGAAACCUGUUGCUGCAGCAAUAAAUGUUUUGAAACCACAGGUUAUGUGCCAAAGGCUGUUCUCUUCUUAAUUUGAAUUGGUAGGUUUACUAGGAAACUUAUAAGAAUAGACUUUAAACCUUGGGUCACGUUGGGGCUCUGAUUCAGAAGAGGCUGAACAACUGACGUCUGUCACUGCAGGGCAGCUUCCUAAAAUAGUUUGUGCCAGAUUGGAAAGCAUGGUUCCUUUCUUUCAAAAACAGCACUGCGCUUGUCUAGGGUUGGGUAAUCCAACAAAAAAAAUCCCCGCGAUAACGAUAUAUCCUGAUAAAUACCCAUUUAGAAGAAAAAACACUCAAAACAUGUACUAGUGUUUCUGGUCUUUUAAUUAUAAAAUAUAAAACCU